ACCAAUUUCAUCUGUAUAUAUGAAUGUAAAGUAGCCUUAUCUUCUUCUUCUUCUUCCAAAACCCAAUCCUCUCUGGGGAGAACGAUGACGUCACUAAUAACCUCAUCUCUGCAAGCUCUGAAGCUUUCGUCUCCCUUCGCCCAUGGCUCAACUCCUCUCUCUUCCCUCUCAAAGCCCAAUUCAUUCCCGAACCCUAAAAUGCCGGCUUUAGUUCCGGUCAUCAGAGCGAUGAAAACGAUGCAGGGGCGCGUGGUGUGCGCAACCAACGACAAGACUGUGGCGGUGGAGGUGGUGAGGCUGGCUCCCCACCCAAAGUACAAGAGGCGAGUGAGGAUGAAGAAGAAGUACCAAGCUCAUGACCCUGAUAAUCAGUUCAAGGUGGGCGACGUGGUGCUGCUGGAAAAGAGCAGACCCAUCAGUAAGACUAAAUCAUUUGUGGCUCUUCCUGUCGUCGCCAGGAAAUCCGGAGGAGAUGGCCUCCUUGGCAUUCCCUUGGAGUCUCAGCAGCCUGCUGCUGCUUAGAGCAUUACUAUUGUCUUUCUUUCUCUCUGUCGGUAAAAGCUGUCUUUCUUUCUUUCUUUUUCCUUCUUCUGUUUGUUUGUUUGUGUAUCCCCAACUCUCUGUAAUCUCUAUGGAAUGCUUUUGUUAUUUCAAUCUGAUUUGUUUCCUAGUAGUACCAAUUUGUUUUGCCUGA